AUGAAUACUCAGUUUGGAAAAUCGUACUUCGGAAAAAAUAAGAAGAAGGACAAUUUUAGAGGACAUUCAGGCAAAGUAAAAAAGAAACAUUUAUACAACUCUAAAGAGAAGACGUGGAAGACAAUAGAUAAAGAAAUAUCAUCUCUUCAGGAAAAAUAUAGCCAGUUUGACUCCACAUCUGUAGAGAAAUUCACUGACUUCCCACUUUCCAAACGGACACUGCAGGGUCUUGAAUUUGCAAAAUAUGAAAGUCCAACAGAAAUUCAGAAGGAAUCGAUUGGUUUAGCUUUACAAGGAAAUGAUAUACUUGGUGCUGCUAAAACAGGAUCAGGGAAAACUUUAGCUUUUCUUAUUCCAAUCCUGGAAUGUUUACACAGACAAAAAUGGAGUCCAGUGGAUGGUCUUGGAGCAUUGAUUAUCUCCCCUACCAGGGAACUUGCCUAUCAAACUUUUGUAGUUCUACGCAAAAUAGGAAAAUAUCAUGAUUUCUCUGCAGGUUUAGUGAUUGGUGGGAAGCUGCUGCAGGAUGAAAUUGGACGUAUGAACAGGACAAAUAUUGUGAUCUGUACCCCUGGCAGGUUACUACAGCAUAUGGAUGAGACAGCUAACUUUACAGCUGAUGCUCUACAAGUACUAGUUCUUGAUGAGGCAGACAGAAUUCUUGAUUUGGGGUUCGCUCAGGCGAUGAAUGCUAUCAUAGAAAACCUUCCAGUAUCACGACAGACUCUCCUUUUUUCUGCAACACAAACAAGGUCAGUGAAGGACCUGGCAAGACUUAGUUUACAGAACCCUUUGUAUGUUUCUGUACAUGAAAAUGCUCAACACAGCACCCCCACACAGCUUGAACAGAGUUAUAUUGUGUGUGAGUUACAUGACAAACUCAACCUGCUGUGGUCAUUCAUCAAAAACCAUUUGAAAUCAAAAACCCUAGUCUUCAUGUCGAGUUGUAAACAGGUUCGAUACAUUCACAACAGUAUCUGCCAUCUCAGACCGGGUGUUUCUGUCCUUGCACUUCAUGGUGCUAUGAACCAACUAAAGAGGGUUGCUGUUUAUAAUGAAUUCUGUCGCAAACAAAAUGCUAUACUCCUUGCAACUGACAUAGCAGCCCGAGGACUAGAUUUCCCUGCUGUCAAGUGGGUGUUACAGUUGGAUUGUCCUGAGGAUGCUAACACCUACAUACACAGAGUUGGAAGGACAGCUAGAUAUGACACAGAUGGGGAGUCUCUUCUUGUCCUGAUGCCCUCGGAGGAGGAAGCAAUGGUCCAGCUACUCAAAGAAAAGAAGAUUCCAAUUGAAAAAAUAAAGGUUAACCCAAAGAAAUUAUGGAGUAUACAACCGAAGCUUGAAAGUAUGUGUGCUGCUGAUCCACACGUCAAGGAGUCAGCACAGAAGGCAUUUCUGAGCUAUCUCCGAUCUGUCUUCAUGAUGAGCAACAAAAAAGUUUUCAACAUCCAUGCUCUUGAUACAGAAAAAUAUUCUGGGUGCUUAGGUCUGGCCUUUCCCCCAAGGAUCAGAUUUCUUCAAAGAGAAGAAAAACGGUUAGCAGAGAGAACAGCUACUCAAACUUCACAGAUCAAAUCCAAGGACAACCCUGGAAAGUCUGAAAAUGAACAGGACUCUUAUGUUGGAUCUGAAAGUGAUUCUGACUUGUCUGUAAAUAGUGAAGAAAUUGGUGUCAGCAGUGGUAGUGAGGAGGACUCCAGUGAAAGUGAAAGUGAAAAUGAAAGUAAAAUGUCUAAAAAUACAUUGGAAAAGAAAAAAAGUAAUAAAAGUGUUUACCUGGAGAAAGAUUCAGACAAUGUGAGUUUUGAUGUGGAAGAGGAAGAUGAUUUCCUCACAGUGAAGAAAAGACAUUUACCGUCUGAAGUUAAGGAUGACAAGAAAAAAGACAAGUCUGAGCAGAGCCUAGAGAUACCACAACGUCAGGGAAAGAAGGCACCAACCAAGUAUGCCAUGGCAAAAAUGAUACAGAAGAAGAAUAUCAUUGUUAACAAGAAAGUCUCAUUUAAUGAUGAGGGAGAGGUUGUGGUGGAUGUGAUGAAGCAGUCCAAGGUUGACGAGGAGCCAGACGAAUACGAGGGAGGAAUCAACAUAAGUGCUGCCAAAACACGCAUGGAGAAGGAGGACAAAUUUGACAAAAAGCUGGACAGGGAGCGUGUACUUCAGAAACAUAGGGAGAAGCGACUGAAGCUCAAAGAAGAGAUGAGAGCAAAGAAAAACAAAGGAAAAUAUCAGGACGAUGAGGAGGAAGGUGAGGCUGUUCUGGGAGGAGAGGAAGACGGAUCUAAUCCCUUAGAUUUCCUGCCUGAUCCUGACAAAGUGUAUGGCUCUGCUGAUGACAGUGGGGAGGAGGACUCUGAUUCUGAGCCAGCCAUUAAAAAACAGAGGCUGACUAAUACAGAAGAUAGUGACAGUGAUGACUAUUCUGGAGAUGAAGAUGUGGCAAGUGGAGAUGAUGAUGAUGAUGAUGAGGAUGAUGAUGAGGAUGAGGAUGAUACAAUGCAGUCAGCGUACACGUUAGAAGAUGAUGAAGCUCUGGCAUUAAAAUUACUUGGAAAUUAAAAUUGUUAAUUUUAAAAACUGAAAGAAUAAAUAUUUAU